GGGGCGGGUUCACCGCUGGUAGACAGGUGAAGGAGAGUGAUGCCGGUGAACCCCUGGGUCAGGGUCAGGUCAGGGUUAGGCUGGACUGUAACGAUGAAGUUAUCCAGGUUGAAGAGGAUGAUGUAGAACGAGCCAAUCCUCCGACCUUCGACAGAGUUGAAGAUCUUGCAAUUCUCAGGUUCUUAAAUGAAAGUUCAGUGCUGCACACUCUAAGACAAAGGUACGGGAACAACUUGAUCUACACGUAUGCUGGUCCUGGUCUAGUUUCCAUCAACCCCUGUACAAACCUUCCUAUCUACUCCAGCAAGAUUAUCACCAUGUUCAAGGGGUGUAAGAUAGAAGACAUGCCUCCACAUAUCUACUCUGUGGCCCAAAGUGCAUAUAGAGCUCUGCUGACAACAAAAAAGGAUCAAUCUGUUGCUCUGCUGGGUCGGGCCGGAAGUGGGAAAUCAACCAACUUCCGGCACGUGGUUUCCUACCUGGCUCUGGCGGGCGGAGAAUCUAGUAUUCUCAGUUUAGACAAACUGAGUGGAAUUCACACUAUCCUUGAAGCUUUCGGGAACAGUCGAACCUUGCUGAAUGCAAACGCAACCAGGUUCUCCCAGAUCUUUAGCGUACAUUACGAUCAUUCGGGCUCCAUUGUAUCCGGAUCCAUCCAGGUGUUGAUGUUGGAGCGAAACCGUGUAGUUCGCCGACCUGAAGGAGAACCCAACUUUAAUGUGUUCUAUCAACUUCUUGCUGGACUAGAUAACAAUCUUAGAAGGGUUUAGUGUUACGUGGCCCUUUCUUACUGGAGACAACAAUCCACUGAAUCCGGUUGUCAAACAAGGGUUCUCUAUCCUCUCCUAAAGAAGUUCUCUCUUCAGUCGUUCUCUCCAGUAUCCUGUGAGUUUAUUCCAGAUUGAACAAUUCAUGCCGGUGUGUAUAUGCACUGUCGUACUGUCCAGUCAGGCUAACCAGCGUAGAGUCGACCGAGCACGUUUAGUGCAACAAAUGUACCCUGGCAAGAUCACAGCUUACAUUAGCAUUCUUUUUAUGUAAAAGAGAUGCAGACUGAUUUAUAAUGAAAUGUAUUUCGUAAGGUUAUAUAGAAAAGCAUAAUUAUAUUUAGAUACAUGUU